GUUAUCUACCUUGGAGCGACAUCUGUUGACAAUUGACCAGUCUAGGUGAGGUUGGCUGCCUGCCUUUAUUUUCAAGAUGGAAGCCAUGGCAAUGUAUGAUUUCAAGGCAAAAAUUGAGGAUGAACUGUCUUUCGAAAAAGGAGACAUACUAUAUGUAAUAGACCAACAUUGUGAUGAGAACUGGUGGCCUGCUUUGCAUUCAAGUUCUCCAUCAGAGAAAAAAGGGUUGAUUCCAAAGAAUUACGUACAAAUGAUGCCACACAGUUGGUAUGAGGGGAAAAUUAAGAGAAGCGAAGCAGAAGAGAAACUUCGGGGUAGAAAUGCUCAUGAAGGAAAUUUUCUCAUCAGGAAAAGUGAAAGUGCACCAGAAGAUUUCUCUUUGUCAGUCAGAUUUAGAGAUUCUGUACAGCAUUUUAAAAUCUUGCGAGAUGCACUUGGAAGUUUUUUCUUGUGGGUUGUAAAGUUUUCAUCAAUCAACAAGCUUGUAAAUUAUCACAAACAGGCUUCUGUCAGCCGUACAGAAACCAUUAUAUUGAAGGAAAAAACAGAGGUUUCACAACAACAACAACAACAACCCCAGGAGCAGAGACCAUUAAGAAAGGAAUCAGGAAAGGUUUUACAACAACAACCACCACACGAGCAGGUUACCUGUAUGUACGAUUUCAAACCAGAUGACGAUGAGGAGUUGCCGUUUUCUAAGGGAGAUAUGAUCGAAGUGCUUGAGAAAGAAAUUGACUCAUGGUGGAGAGGGAAAAAUAUGAGAACAGGGGAAACAGGACUCUUCCCCAUCAAUUAUGUCAAACAGAAGUAAAACAAAAAGCAUUGUGAUUUUAAUUGUUUGUAGUAAGUGUAGUAAUUCAAAGACAACAUUUUUUUUGGAAACAAGAAAAUAGUUUUACUUUGCUUGAAUUAUCUUCAUUGAGUACAAGGUAGUAAAUCUAUUUCAAAGAUGAUUCUGAUCCUGGGACAUUAUUAUGUGUGUAGGUAUUAUUGAUUUAGUUAUUUUUUGUUGUCUUGAACGCUUUGCAGUGGAAAGGGCAUCAUCAGUAACCCAUAGUCCUGAUGCUCACGCAAAGGGACAUGGACGAUUAGUACAGAGAAUCUCUUUACAGUUGUAAAAAUAGCAACCAAAAAAAUACCACCAUACAUAUUAAACUCUUUUGUGUGGAACAAAUUUUGGGGAUCUCCAUCACUGAAGCUGCCAACGAACCAUGCUAAAUGCUGCUAAUGUACAAUGAAUUUACGUAUAGUCACACCAUUCUUUAUUAUUGAGAGAAUGGUUGUCACCACAAGUAUGCUGCAUGUCAAAUGGACCUGACUAUAAAAUGGCCAAAAAGCCUGCUACACAUACAAAUACACAUCUUGUUUUUUUCAUAAUAGUGUCGAUGACUGAUUUUUGAAAGUGUUUAAAAUUGUGUAUAAUGAAAUAGUUCUUUCACUAUCAAAAGGUAAUCUGUGGAGGACACUGCUACUGUAUAUAAGAAGGCAGUCUUCUGUUUGGUCAAAAUUCUUUAAUUAUUUUCUGGGAAACGAAGUAAAAGUGUCCAUGGGUUACUGAUGAUGUGGAAAGAGUAAAAGGUACAGAGUUUGCUUUGGUAGAACUUGACUGUCAGACCUGUUAACACUGAUGUUUAAUGUGUAUCAUAGUCACAGAUUCUAAAUUUUGCUAUAGGUACACUGUUAUUGUCAUUCUUUUGACCAUUGAUUCAGUUGUUUGCUGUGAUUAUUGCCACAUGUACUACCAGGGCCAUUUUGAAAUGUUGUAGUCUCACUGAACAAAGCAUAUAAAUGUGGGGAAAAUACUGCAGUUAAUUGUCUUUCCCAAAGACACCACCAUGACAACACAGGAUGAUUUGAGCUAAUCUCCCCAUGCUGCUAUUUUUAUAGUGCUGGCUUGAAAUGUUAAAAAUGUUUGUGCAGUUAUUGUAGUUAUAGAGCAAAUGAAAGUUUGCCUUGUUGUGUUUUUUGUAAAAGUGUCGGGUAUUACAUACCCUCCCUUUAAAGUGAAACAUUUUGCUUCAAAACAUUUUGUUGUUCAAAUGAUUGGAUUGAACAUCAAGCAAAUGUCAAUAUUUAAGCUUUUCCUACAACAUACUAUUGUUAUAUAAUUACAAAUCAAAAACAGUUUAAAGUAUAUAGAAAGUUUAUAUAUCUGUACACACAUGAUUAUGUAAAGUAUUAUUUAAUCAUCAUUUUAUUGUCUCUCCGUCGUGAAGUUUGACUAUGGUGUUACUUUUCCAUUAGCAUCAUCGUCAACAUUUCACUUUGAAGUUUUGCCUUGAGUAUAAAGAUGCAUACGAUUGUAGUAUGUAUAUCUCAAUACACCCUACAGGUUAUAUGAAUUUUUAUUUUCUGCUGUGUUUUUGGGUUGAAAACCUUCCCAAAACUGAUUCUCCUCAAAACCAGUCACCUCUUGAUAUGGAUCAAAAUGACGUUGUACAGAAUCGAUCCUUCUUCAUUGUAGUCAUAAAAGCAAUCCCUUCUGAAUAGCAAACCUGAUUUUGUGUCCAUAAUAUUAAGAUAUACCCAAAAUUACUGUUAAUCAGUAGUGGUAGCCAGAUGACAGCAUUGUGAAGCUAUAAAUUAAGUGAUAAUAGCAUACAUGAUUAUGACAUGAUUAUGGCGUACGUUGAUUUUUGAUUUUUGAUUCUAUGUUCUUAUUAGCUUCCUUGAUAUUGAUACUGCUUCAAAGAUACAAAAUGUCAUCUGUUCAAUAUAAUCCCUGGAUCCUAAAUGAUCAUAAUGGAUCACUUCUCUUAACCAGCAAAAUAUUCAUGUAAUGCAUGAUAAGUUAAGAGAAGUUCCACUCUAUAAGAUCUUUAAUGCUUCUCCAAUUGAUUUUCAAGUAAGUCUAUAGCGAAAUUGGAAUUAACUCUGUAAUAAACUAGAUGUAUUUUCUAUUCGCUUUGCAGAAAGAGUGAUUUUUUGGGGUAAACGUGACAUAUUUAGGUGAAUUUUAAGAAUUAUAGUGAUUUUGCAAAAUUUUAUAUUUGUUCAUUAAUAAUGUAUACAGUGCUUUCAUCUAAUCAAGUUGAGAUCUGUACAGGUUUUUUUUUUUUUUUUAAAUAUUGAAAUUUUAGUGAAUUUUGAGAGUUUGCUUGAAAAUUAAUAUACUGGCAAAGUAAAUUCAAGUUUUGAUAAAAUAUCAGUGCUUGGUAUAUAUAGUUUCUGACUUCACUGUCCAUCAGGUAGAUACAGAGUUGUGCUCCAAUCUUCAAGUGAUCAACUCUCCCUACUGUUUAUAAACAGUUUUCAAAAUAAGAUAAUUAGUUAUUUAAGUCAUCAAAGUAGAUAUGACCUGUAUUCUCAAAUAGUUUAAACUUACUUGUAAUCUGUUGCGGUGAGAUUGGAAAUUUGUGAAUCAUACAUUGAUAUUGUCCUACAAAUCGGUAUAAAGAGACGGGCUCUUACUUGGAAUCUUUUAAGUAUGUCUAAUGGUGUACAGUAGGCCUUACAUUACACGGUACUGAUGUUGUUUGUGACAUUAGGCAGAGAUGAAAUGACCUGCUGUGGGAUCAGUGUCUAGAAACUGGAACUUUUAAGCCAGAGACUGCCACAGGGAUGAAAGAAACAAUUGAAGAUAUAGUAAUUACUCAUUUCAGGGAUGUAUAAAAAAGAAAAUUUGAAACUUUUUGAAGGAACUUUGUCUUUUUUUUAUUUUAAAUGUAACGGAUUGUUAAGAAAUUUUAUGAACAGAUUGUGGAGACAUACAAAAAAUGAAUACAUCUUUUGCACAAUUACAUCCGUCAGAGGAGGGACAUUUUAUAUGUGUCUAUAGCUAAUGUUAGCGCAUGGACAGCUGGAAGGAUCAGCAGUGUCGAGUGUGGACAUCGUGGGUCCAGUUUCCAAGUUAAAUAUAGAUAUACAUGUAUUUGUUAUGUUUGAAAAGAAUAUAUAUGAAAUUAUAUAUAAAUGUUCAUUGCAUUCAUACUGUUUUCAGUUGUGGGGUUGUCAAGAGUGUUGUCCGACAGGUGUCUCAUGUUGAUACAGAAGUAUUGAUCAAUGUUACCCACUAACUGUUCUGUAAAUAUUGAUGAUGUACAUGUUUUAUGUUUAGAAUAUAACCACCUACUAAUGCAGUCGUACUACCCUAUCUACUGCUCUCUGUUUUUAUUUCUCAACUUUUUAUAAAUCGGGGUCUUUAGGUACAAAAGUAGUUGUAUGUCAAACCUUUAUUUUGCAUUGGUUUUGUUUUGAAUGAGAAUUAUGGUUCUGCUGUACAAAUUAUGAUCAAAUUAUGAAAUGUUAAAGUACUGUAGAGACUAGAAAACAAAAAUCACUAGAGUUACACUUGUCUGUUAUAAAGUAGAAUAUGGGACCAUUUUACUGCUGUGUAGAAGAGUUUUAUCAGGAUGAUGAAAUGGUAAUGAUAGUCAAGUGAAACACACAUGCCCUGUUAUAUUUUUGUAACAUGGCAAGACUACAGUUGGAGAUAUGUUAGAACACUAACUUUACAUUUAUUUGUUAUCGAUUCAUAGAUUUCUUUAAAUGUUUGUUAUAAGCUUAGUACAUUCUAAUAUAGGUGUUAAGUAGUUUUGAUACUGUAUUGUUAUUAAAUGGCACUUAUAUAAGUGUUAUCAGACAUCCCAAGAACAGAACACUUAUCGUCAAACUAGGACACUGUUUUGAGAGAUUUAUGUUAGGAUUAAUUACUGUGAAAUAGGAUCAUUUUAUAGGGGUAUUUCAAUAAACAUUUGAUAUCAGAAUUUAAAAUUGCACAACGGUUUGAUUUAAAUAUACCAAAUGUUCUUGUAUGCUUUUUGUUGUACUUAAUUCCAUCUGCUUUAUAAGUCGAACAUACUUUGAAAACAAUGGUGUAGUUUGGUUCGUAAAUGAUCUUUUAAAGUGAUCACAUCAAUGAUUUUGCAAAUGUUUUGGAUAUGCAUCUGUUUAGCUUGUGAAAGGAUGUAAAUUGGCCGAGGUCAGGCCGAGGUCAAAGUAUUUAUUCCUUGAACAAUGUAACUGAAUAUUUUACUUCCUGGUGAUUUAGUUUAAUCAGUCACACCUAUGUGGCCAGGGUUCAAUUCCCAAUCGGUGAUGAAAAGGUAUGGGAUCGCUUGUCCAAUCUCGUGGUUUUCCCUGGGUUCUCUGGUUUCUUCCCACAUCAUAACCCCUCGCACCUUUCAUUCCCGGCCAACAAGAGUGAUUAAUAUAAGUUUAUGUAACUUGUUUCGCUAUUGUUGUAAAAUGAAUAAAGUUUACAUUUUUUUUGUUUUUUGUUUUGUCCACAUUAAUUUAAAAAGGUGGUAGGAGACAGAAGGAAUAAAAGUAAUAGGUUUAAAGCUGUUAGGAGGUCGUCAAAAUGUAUCGCGAUGAAACAGCCAUCAUUGUCAUUUGUAUAAUAAUCGAAUGCAUCAUUUACCAUAUAAUCAUGACACCUUCAUAUACCAUUAUUAACUUUAACUCAGCAAUCCAUAUUUAUAUGUAGAUAUCAUUGAUUAAUCACAUAUAGAGACUAGCUUGUAUAGCUAUAUCACUAUAAAAUACCAAAGUUUAUCAGUAAAAUGAUAUUCCAUAUCCACUAAUGGCCAUCAUUGGUGAAUUUUCAGGUGGAAUGUUGGAUCCAGAUAACAAUGUUGAAAAAGGAAAUUCUGCUUGGUAGAACAUACAGUAUUAAAAGAUAGAUGCAAUUUCAAAUGUCUUGGUAAAGUGUCUUACCCAAAUUAGCUGUCAAGGAGCUUUGUGAUUCAGUAUCAACUAUCAUAGAUAUGUAUUUUCCAUACUCAUAGCACGUGUGAAAGUCGGCUGUUGUAGCUGUAUUCAUGACAAUUGUCAUCAUCUUAUUCCAAAGAAAGCUACAGCUGAUGCCUUCAUAGCGAUGUAAUGUUGAUUAACAGUUCCUGUGUGUAAACAAUCGAGAUUUGAUGUCUCCAACCAAACGACAAUAUACAUUGUAUAUUUUUGUGACUGGAAUUGAACACGUCUUGAAGACUUAUGUAAUAUUAACUUGUAUGAUUCUUUUCCUUUCCAUUUUAUCCUGUCGAUUGCAUGAUGACAUAAACUAUAGUUAUAAACUAAUUAGGUUUCUGAGAUUAAUUGUGUUGUAUAUUUCAGAACAAUAAUUAAAUUGGAUGUGGUUCAAAUCCUAAUACUCAAGUAACAGUAUUCACUGUAGUGUAUAGUAAAUAAGGGGGAAGUUGUCAAUAUAUUCGGAUUUUUUUUUUCUUCUGCUUAUAUGUCUAUUGAGAGUUUUCUAGAAAUCAAGUAUAUAUUGGAAUUUUAGUACAAGAUGUAUUUUAUUUCAUGUUACAAUAUUGAAUGAGAUCCGGAAAAUAGCAAUGUUAAAACUUGUGUUGAUAUAUGUAUAUUGCUUCUUUAGCAAUGGAAAACUUCACAGAAUGGAUACAAAUUUAAAAUACUUUCAUUCUGUGUCUUAUAAAGCAUAAUGACACAAUUGUAAUACGUAUGAAUACUUGCUAUCAUCUGAUGAUGGUGAACUAUUCAAAUCGCCCUACGAUCAUCGUCUGUCCUUAAACAAUCCUUGUUAUCGCUAUUUCAUGAAAAGCACUGGAGGGAUACUUCUCAAAUUGAAUGUGAAGAUUCCCCUUAGUCCCUAGUUAUGCUAAUUCAAUUUUGAUUUUUGAUCAGGAAAACAAAAUGGCAGAUAGACAGCCAUCUUUGCUUUUGACAGUUGAAGUUUGCUAUUGCUAUUUCUUGAAAACUUAUGGAGGGAUAUUUCUCAAACUUUUUGUAGGUUUCCCUUGGUCUCCAGUUGUGCACAUUUGAUUCUGAGUCUGAUCCAGGCAACAAUAUGGCUGACAGGUAGCCAUCUUAGAUUUGGAUUUUGAGGAUUGAAGUUUGUUAUUGCUAUUUCUUGAGAAGUACGGGUGGAAUAUCUCAAUUUUGAAUCUGAUCAGGAAGACAAAAUGGCCGACAGGUAACCGUCUUGGAUGUUGACAGUUUGAUAUCUCUAUUUCUCAGAAAGGUAGAUCUUUCUGAGAUUUUAUAUUUAAGUUUUUCUUGUUAUCAGAUUAUUUAGAGGGAAAGAAUUAAGGGAAAAGUAGAGAGAUGAUAAAUCUGACAUAGAACCAUAAAGAUCAUUCAGUGGUGGGCACCAAGACCUCUUGGGGUUAAUCAACUGCAUUCACUAGCUACAAAGUUUGAGUUUAUUUAUGUUGUACAUAAUGGCUUGGCGUUGGUUUGGGUUGGUAUUGUUCAUCUCUUUUCAAAUCAGUUGGGUAAUCUAAGGUGGGAUAUGACUGCUAGAAACUAACAAAGACUUUAAAGUUUGGAAUUUACACAUCAGAAAUAGUGCAAACGCAUUGCUUAAAGCUGAGGGUACUUUUGUUUUGUUAAAUUUUUAGCUCACGUGAUCCAAAGGACCAAGGUGACGUUGCCAUCCCGUGGCAUCUGUUGUCCAUCUUCCAACCGUCCAUCCGUCUGUCCAUCAACAAUUGACUUUUCAUAAGCGCUGAUUAAAAUUAAAGGGGCAUUCCUUUUUGUUCGGACAUAAGAAACAUGCACAAUUUGUAUUGAUGAAAUCUAUGUCUGAACAAUGAUUGUAUGAGUGUUUGUGCCUACAAGUUAUGAAAAAAACACCAAAAUGCACCCAAAAUGUACAAGAAAAAGGCAUAUCUUAUACAAACACCGUAUGUCUUUGCGGUAAUUAGUGAUAUUUCGAGUUGAAUUAAAAAUUUUGAAGAACUUUGGUUUAUCUUAAGAGUACAACUGCCGUAUUAAUGUAAAGAUUAUAACUUUUACUACUUGAAAAAAAUUAGAUAUUUUCCAGUAAGUUUAAUUUUGAUGAUCUUGACUUUCAGGGGCCUUAGGGGUGGGGCCAAUAGGGGCCGAUUUGGCUAAAUUUAUAUAAAUGACUUCUUGUCAGGAAACAAGCAAUGGAUAUUGCUAAUAUAUUUCUGGUAGCAUUGUUACAGGGUAGGGAUUCAAAAUUGUACAAAUAGUGGGGCUGACCCCCAGGGGCCUGAGGGUUGGGGCCAAUAGGGGUCCAUUUUGCAAUAUUGCUUUCUUCUCUGAAACUCAGCAAUGUAUAUUUCAGUUGUAGCAUCCCUAGGUGACUGGGAUUCAAAUUUCUACAAAUGAUGGGGCUGACCCGCCUCAGGAGCCUGUUAAACCGUGCUAAAAGGGGUCCAUUUGGCAAUAUUGAAAUUAAUGGCUUCUUCUUUGGAACCUUAUAUGUAUGAUAUAUUUCAGUGGUAGCAUCCCUAGGUUGAUGGGAUUCAAAUUUAUACAAAUGAUGGGCCUUAACAUACCUGGUAUGUUCAAAAGUUGGCAUUUUUGUAGAAGGCGCCCACCCCAUGCUAUGCUAUAGAAUCAUGUGAUUUUCCAGACAAUCAGAAAGAAUGUCCAUCUGCCAUUGAAUUUGAUGCAAAGUACUUUGGAUGUGUCGCUGGUUUUGUAGUUUUGAAUUUCCAUACUGUGCUGUGUCAGCUUAAUACAGCAAACUUACAAGAAUGAUGUGGUGUCGGUUCUAAACCUAGCUUUUAAUUUGUAGUUGGAUUGGGAAAACAAUAUGGCUGAGAGGUGGCCAUCUUGGAUUUUGAUAGUUGAAGUUUGUUAUCACUAUUUCUUGAAAAUAUAUGUAGGUAUGAAGCAGGUAGGUUCCCCUUGGCUCCUAGUUGUGCCCAUUUAAUUUUGAUUUUGAUCAAGGAAACAAAAUGGCAGACAGGUGGCCAUCUUGGUCUUUGACAGUUGAAGAUUGUUAUCUCUAUUUCUUGAGAAGUACGUUUAUACUGAAGGGAAUCUCAUCAGGGAGACAGCUUGGAUUUGGACACUUUAAAUUUGUUAUUAUUAUUUCUCGUAAAGUAAAAAUGUCUUUCUUAUGUUUCAUAUGAAGGAUUUUCUUGUUAUCAGAUUUUUAAGAAGAAAAGAGAACAGCAGAUAAAAGAUCAGACUUACUUAGAACCAAUAAAGAUCAUUCAAUGGCAGACGCCAAGAUCUGGGAUCUCUUGUUCUAACUGGCAUUGAUGAAUUCAUGUAUGUUACAUUUGAUAUCGACUCUAGUCUCUAUCAGGAUUCAUUAUUGUAACAAGAUACAUUGUACCGUUCACAUCAAUAAAUUUGUAUGCUAUUA